CAGCCCUGUCUUUUAUUACAUUCUGUGCUGACCUUUUUACUGUCUAUGGUGCUGACCAAUGCGUCUCUUGCAGCAAUCAGCAACCUGGAUGGUGUUCUCCUCCAGGUGUGCCGUAACUAGGCAAGGGUGAAUAGGAGCCCAAGAAAAACCUGCAAUUGUCAUCAUGGAAACAAAGCAGGAGUCGUCAUCUAUAUGGAGCCAGACUCCUAGUGCUGAAUCUGGCAACGCCACUCAGGUUCACUUUGAAGGUGGCACAGUGGCCCAGAUCGUGUACAGUGGGGAUCAGCAGGACAGGGGCCAGCAGCAGGUGGUCUAUGCUGCAGAUGGAAGCUCUUACACGUCUGUGGAGUCAGCAGAACACACACUGGUUUACAUACACCCAGUGGAUGGAACAACACAGGCAGUGUUCGCUGACCAGCCUCAAGUGGCAUACAUCCAACAGGAUGGAACCACCCAGCAGGUGACAGUCCUGCUACCAAGUGGGCAGAAUAUGAACACAGCCAACCUGCAUGUCCUGAGCAAUGUAGCUGAUGGCCCUCAGGCCAUCCUUGAGCCUGUGACACAGGGACAGAUGGAUGUUUCCAACUCCUCCUUGCCUCCCAUGACUAGUGUGGACUCAGCCUCCAGUCCUCUUGGUGCAACAGACUCCACUGUGGAUUCUGAAGAUGAAGACGAUGAUGACGAUGAUGGAAAUGAUUCAGACCUUGACGAUUGGGAGCCUGAACCUCUACAGCCUUUCACUCCUCAAAACCUCUGGUGUGAGGAGUGUAACAAGGCAAACCCCACCGUGUGUUUGAAACACGGGGCCUUGCACCCUAUUGCCAGCCGGCCUGUCCUGUCUAAAGCCCGUGCCAGUCUGCCCCUGGUACUCUACAUCGACCGCUUUGUGGGCGGGGUCUUCUCUAAGCGUCGCAUCCCUAAGCGCACCCAGUUUGGGCCGGUGGAGGGCCGCCUGGUUCGACAGCACCAGCUCCAGGACUCCCACAUCCACCUCAAAAUGUAUGUGCUGGACUCUGAUAAAGGUGGAGACAAAAAUGAAGAUGUAUGGCUGGACCUGUCAGAUGAGGACCACAGUAAUUGGUUGAUGUUUGUCCGACCUGCCCAGAAUCAUCUGGAGCAGAACCUGGUGGCCUACCAGUAUGGCUCGGAAAUCUUCUACACCACCAUCAAGAACAUCCAGCCCAAACAGGAGCUUAAGGUGUGGUAUGCUGCUUCAUAUGCAGAGUUUGUUAAUCAGAAAAUUCAUGAUGUCACCGAAGAGGAACGAAAAGUGUUGCGGGAGCAGGAGAAGAACUGGCCGUGCUACGAGUGCAACCGCCGCUUCAUGAGCUCUGAGCAGCUGCAGCAGCACCUCAACAUGCAUGACGACAAGCUGGAUCUGGUCAAUAGGCCAAAGGGACGUAGUCGAGGCAGGGGUCGGAAGCGUUUCGGGACCGGCAGAAGACCGGGGCGACCGCCCAAAUUCAUCCGCCUGGAGACGCCUGCAGAGAGUGCAGAGAAGACGAGGGAUAUGCUGGUGUUCCCUGGAAGUAAGCUGCCCUAUGAGGAUAGGACAGAUGGAGCCCUGAAUGGGCUGAAGGUGGUGGAACUGGAAACAGAAGACAUUACCUCAGAGUUGGAAGGCCGGCUGGAGCCCCAGGUGGCCAGCACGGAGCCCCCGACAGAUGGGGAAAGUGACCAGCCGGUGCCCCCGCCAGAUGACGCUCUGGAGCCCCUCAAGGAGGACCCCGCUCCUGUCGCCCCGCCAGAUCCCCACCUCACGCCCCAGGACAUGCGGCGAGCCCGCAGGAUACGGAACGCCGCGCUCCAGCACCUGUUCAUCCGGAAGUCGUUCCGGCCCUUCAAGUGCUCCCAGUGCGGGAAGGCGUUCCGGGAGAAGGACAAGCUGGACCAGCACCUGCGCUUCCACGGACGGGACGCCUGCGCCCUCACCUGCCACGUCUGCAACAAGGGCUUCCUGAGCACGGGGGCGCUAGAGGACCACCUGCAGCUGCACGCCGAGCAGCGCACCUACGCCUGCCUCUUCUGCACCGACUCCUUCGACCGCCUGGACCUGCUCAAGGAGCACGUCCGAAUCCACAUGGUGGACGGCUGCUUCUCCUGCCCCUCCUGCAAGAAGAGCUUCACCGACUUCAUUCAGGUGAAGAAGCACGUGCGCAGCUUCCACUCGGAGAAGAUCUUCCAGUGCACAGAGUGCGACAAGGCCUUCUGCCGGCCCGACAAGCUGCGCCUGCACAUGCUCCGCCACUCCGACCGCAAAGACUUCCUGUGCUCCACCUGUGGCAAGCAGUUCAAGAGGAAGGAUAAACUCCGUGAGCACAUGCAGCGCAUGCACAACCCUGAGCGCGAGGCCAAGAAGGCCGACCGCAGCCACCGCUCCAAAGCCCUGAAGCAGAAGGUGCCCACCACCGACUUCGAGAGCUUCAUGUUCAAGUGUCGACUCUGCAUGAUGGGCUUCCGCCGCCGAGGCAUGCUGGUUAAUCAUCUGUCCAAGCGUCACCCAGAGAUGCGGAUUGAGGAGGUGCCUGAGCUCACACUGCCCAUCAUUAAGCCAAACAGGGACUACUUCUGCCAGUACUGUGACAAGGUGUACAAAAGUGCUAGUAAGAGAAAAGCACACAUCUUGAAAAACCAUCCAGGAGCGGAGCUCCCACCCAGCAUCCGCAAGCUGCGGCCGGCGGGCCCCGGCGAGCCCGACCCCAUGCUGAGCACGCACACGCAGCUGACCGGCACCAUCGCCACCGCGCCCGUCUGCUGCCCGCACUGUGCCAAGCAGUACAGCAGUAAAACGAAGAUGGUUCAGCACAUCCGUAAGAAGCACCCCGAGUUUGCUCAGAUGGCCAACAGCAUCCAGGCCCCUCUGGCCACUGCAGUCAUCAGCAGCACCCCUGCAGUCAUCACCACCGACAGCACCACUGCGGAGGCCGUUGUGACCACAGACCUGCUGACCCAGGCCAUGACCGAGCUGUCCCAGACUCUGGGGUCGGACUACCGGCCGGCUCAGGGCGACUACCAGCGCAUCCAGUACAUCCCCGUCUCUCAGGCCGCAGGGGGCCUCAACCAGCCACAGCACAUCCAGCUGCAGGUGGUGCAGGUGGCCCCGGCCUCCUCUCCCCACUCGCAGCACUCCACGGUGGAUGUGAGUCAGCUGCACGACCCCCAUGGCUACAGCCAGCACUCCAUCCAGGUGCAGCACAUCCAGGUGGCCGAGCCCACGGGCAGCUCUGUCCAGGGCAACGCAUCCCAAGUAUCUGGGCAGCCUCUAAGCCCCUCCUCCCAGCAGACCACUCAAGAGCUUAGCCCCACCCAGCUGACCCCCGUGACCUUGGCGCAGAGUCACACGCUGCAGACCUCCUCAAAUCAGGUGCAAGGGACCGUUCAGCACACUUACCUACCCAGCAACUGGAACUACAGGAGCUAUCCCUCAGAGAUCCAGAUGAUGGCGCUGCCUCAUGCCCAGUAUGUGAUAGCAGAGGCCAGCACCCCAGUGAGCGGUGGAAACAGCAGUCAGGUGAAGACUACGCACUAUGUGAUCUCGGAGGGCCAGGCCGAGCUGGAGGGGAAGGCCAGCGGUGCGGCGGGCAGCGGGACCCAGACGCACCCCGAGACCCUGGAGCAGCCGCCGCCCACGCAGUACAUCAUCACCACCACCACCAACGGCUCCAACGAGGUCCACAUCACCAAACCCUGAGCUACGCAUGCACACACACACACACACACACACACACACACACACACACACACACACACACAUGCUCCUCCACUGGGAAUCAAAUGGCAUCAGACGCACAGAAGGACAGCCCUGCGAGCCUGAACACAAACACCUGACCACAUCCACAUCAUAACCGCCAGACUGUUGGGGUGAUCUCUACUGCAUGCAGACCCUACCACUGAACGCUCCUUCCCUGAACUGACCACACGUGGAGAGAGACGCAUCCAAACACUAGCACACGGCCCCUUGGACACCCACAGCUCUCGGCUCACGGGGCAUUCCUGAGAAGCAAGCUGCUAAGUCGGAGGAGGACAGUGUACGAAUCAGAAGUGGCCAGUGGAUAAGAUGGUUGUUUAACUUGCACAGUUUGGGUUUCGCGGUGAUUGUGAUCCGAUGCUAGGUAUGACCUACAGAUGCCCUUGACAGCCGUGUUAUGGAACAGGUCCUGGUGUGAUCUGAUGAGGUUCUGGUGGAGCUGCUCCACUGACGGCUCACCGCUGGGACUUUUCGGACAUUUCCUUUGAUCUUCUGACCUGUUGUUCAACUUUGACCAAGCCCAUGGCACUGUGAAAGCCAAGAUCAUGCCAAUACCACACAACAUGUAGCACUGGUUUGGUCUUUGUUGGCACCGUUGUGCUGUACGAAGGCAGAAGGUCUGUUGGGAAAUUCAAGUUGUGUAUGGUUACAUUUUCUUUUAGCAAAUCUCAACCUAGAUUUAAAUCCAAAAAGACUGAUUUCUGAACAUUCAAGAGAUCAUUGAGCAUUGGAAGCAAAAUGCUUGCACGGUAGGCCGAAUUACCAUUUCUUUCUACUCUGAUAUCUGUAACAACUUUAAAUUAUAAUUUCUCCUGUCAAGGAACUACUUGACUCAGUCUCUGAGAACAGUCAUGGGGAAUUCUGAUGAAGGCUCAGAGGCUCUCAGAAGUCAGACUCCUGCGUCCCACCCAUUUACAGAGCAGAAGACAGCACACGCGGUACAAGGCUUAUCUGCACGAAAAGGGAGUUUCUCUCUCACUGUAACUCAUCUCAGUUCAAGUCUGAGUAAUGCUUGAGAGCGUAUUGUUUUUGUUGUUUUUUUUUCAGGGUAGACAACACCUUGUCAUGGUAUUCUGAAAUGACUUGGGAUGGGAUGCACUCAGCUGCUGGUGCUAACAUCUCAUCUUAAACUGCCCAUCCCCUUGCUACCGAAAAGGGAAAGUCCUUUGAAUAUUUAUAAAAAGACAGUUUGUCAGACUGGACUUGUACAAUGUAAAAAUAAGAGAUAGCUGUAUUAUGAACUUCCUGUACAGGUAACGUUACCCCCGUCUUUGUUUCCAAGUGAACUCAUUCUUGUUGUAAUUUGUGUUGAGAAAAUUAAAAGAUGUUUUUAUA